AUGUCCCUUCCAUUUCGAGACGUAUUCCUUGCCUAUCACCUAUCUCCAAUCACCACUCCCUUGGACGACGAAGAACUCUGCAGUAUCGGCCUCCACUCCUUCACCCAACCCGUCCAAACACCUUGUGGACAUUACUUCUGCACGUUCUGUCUGCUAGAAUGGUUGAAUCGCGAAAAUACCUGCCCGAAUUGUCGCGCGAAGCUCUUCGACUAUCCUCCUCCAGAAGAAGAAGAAGAAGUAUGGGAAUCGGAUUUCGAGUCGGAAGACGGAGAGGGAAAUGGGAAUGAAGGGAAUGAUGGGAAUGAUGGCAAUGGUGGCGAUGGUGGCGAUGGUGGCGAUGGUGGCGAUGGUGGGCAUGGUGGGCAUGGUGGGCAUGGUGGGCAUGGUGGCCAUGGUGGCCAUGGUGGGAAUGGUGGGAAUGGUGGGAAUGAUGGGAAUGAUAAUGACGCGAACAACGACACCAGAGCCGACAACAUCGACCACGAUGGUCCCCAGGACGAAGCCGUCUUCGGCGGAAACAACAACAACGACAACAACAACGACAACCCACAAGAAAAUCAAGACAUAACAAACACAAUCGACUGGCCCCCGAACAUCGAACCCUUCAACCCCCUCACCAUCUCCCCAACCCUCGACCCGCACGCCCUCCCCUCCCUAAUCGAAGACUUCGACGCCUAUCUCCAGCACCUAACCCCAAACAACCGCCCCUUUAGAACCCAAUUCCUCGGAUUGACGCACAAAACCAUCCUCGACCCCCCUUCUCUCCUCCCGUACGCUCUAGCAAGCAUCGCCCGCUUAGCCUCCUCUCCUCCUCCACAAGAAGACGCUCACGCCAUAGAAAUCCACCUCCAAUGUAGAAAUGAAUGGGGCCACGUCCUACAGCGCAUCGACACACAUUUACAACUUCUCGUGCAGAUAUAUGCGGCACACGGCGGGGAAAUAUAUCGGUAUCCGCCGGCGACCGUGCUGUAUGCUGAAUUGUACAAUGCGUUGGGAGAAUUUCCUCGCACGGAGACGAUGGAGGAUGCUGUGGAACGGGCGAUUGUGGAGCAGAAUGAGGAGGUGAGGAGGUUUAAGGGGGAUGUUGUUAUUUUGAUCGAAUGGAUUGUGACGCGCGCGGCGAUUGCGUUUGCGGUGGAUGAUGCUAGGCGUGGGAAUGUGGAGUUUGAUCCCGAGGUUUGGUGGCAAGGGCUGUGGGGUCGGUGA